UGAGCACAAAUCAGACUUGAGCAAAAACAACUCCCUUUCCAUGGGAUCAGUUAUAAGAAGAAUGGCCAUGCAAUGAGCCACUUAGUUUCUUGGUCGUACCACUGGAAGGCUUGCACACAUUUCUGAAAAAAAAGCACUGGCUGGCUUAUUCACCUCUAUAUGGUCGAUUGCUGUUUCUUCCGGACCAAAGGAGCAGAUUGGUUAGUGAAGCGCCGUUGUUAUGAAAUGGACUCAGGGUGGAUACCCUUCUCCUGGAAGGACUAAUCGCUUGUCAUGACUGCUUGAUGUUAACUGCUCUCAACAAGGCAGCGGUGGGACAUGUUUUACCAACAGACCACGUGCUUUGGAGUUCAUACAUUUGGACUUGAAUCCGGCCUCCAGCAUUUAGUUGUUUUGUGUCCUUGGGAAGGUCACUGGUCAAAUCUCAACCUCAGCUUCCUCACUUGGAAAAUCCAAAGUGCGAUAAUCGCUAACAUGCAGCGUUACUGAAAAAUCAGGUAUCAGAAGUUGAGUCUCUGAAGAGUUAAAGGACAUGUGAAUGCGGGCUCGGUCUUCUGACUGCCAGUGUCUGAAUGUCUGGUGGCUUUGGACAUAUGACUGAAUUUUGAUUUCUAUAUAAUGAGCACAAUAUGAGUACCUACAUGUUAGAGUCUUUUCGGGGAUCGAGUGAUUCAGUAGAUGAAAAGCACUUAAGAUGGUCUUCUCCAGCUUUGGAGGCUCUGGGUGUGUGAACAGACCUGAUGAGGCAGUCUCAGACCUGUCCACCUAAGAAAUCCAUGCGGCUGGCUCUCCUCCUUCUCCCACAGCAUGCUAAGCAGGAGACCAUUUCCUUAGACUUGCUGCUCCCCAGAUUGCACGUGGGAGAAUGCUGUCAGAAGGGUAUCUCAGUGGACUUGCCUACCAGAAUGACAUCCACUGGAGCUGUUCAUCUUAUAAUGAGCAGGUGGCUGAGAAGGAAGAAGAGACAACAUCUGCGACUCAUUCCUACUGUUCUGUGGAUGAAACCCAAGUCCGAAGUCUGUAUGUGAACUGCAAAUCCUCGGACAAAUUUAUUUCUUCAGUGCAUUCAAGAGAGAGCCAACACAGUAGAGAUCAGAGAACCAUAAUGCUGCAGACAAACCCCAAUCCCGUGUUUGAAAGUCCCACCUUGGCUGCAGUUGAAAUAUGUAGAGACUCCAGCCGAGAGACCUACUUGGUUCCACCUUCCUGCAAAAGUAUUUGCAAGAAUUAUAAUGACUUACAUAUUGCAGGGGACCAGGUGAUGGCUAUUAACUCAGUGACAACAGAUUUUCCCCCAGAGAGCAGUUUUGAAUAUGGCCCUUUGCUGAAAUCAUCUGAGAUUCCUUUGCCCAUGGAGGAUUCCAUUUCCCCUCAGCCCAGCUACUUUCCCCAAAAACCUAUCCAGCAGUAUUCAUCCUACUGGAGAAUAACCAGCAUCAAAGAGAAGAGCAGCCUGCAAAUGCAGAAGCCUAUUUCUAAUGCAGUCCUGAAUGAGUACCUGGAGCAGAAGGUGGAAGAGUUAUAUAAGCAGUACAUUAUGGACACCGAAUUUCAUGACAGUUCUCCCACCCAGAUUUUGGCAUCGGAACUCAUCAUGACAAAUGUGGAUCAAAUUAGUCUCCAAGUGUCUAGAGAGAAGAAUCUGGAGACGUCCAAAGCCAAAGAUAUAGUCAUUAACUGUCUAUUACAGUUGGUAUCCAGUGAAAUCAGCACACCUAGUCUCCAUAUUUCUCAGUACAGCAACGUCAAUCCUUAGGGAGGAUACCUCUCUCUCAACUACUCCACACUAAAGCUACACUUUCUUCACUGAGAAAUGUGCCGGAGGUGGGUGUGAAGCGGAGUCCGGAGCUGGAGAGGUAAAGUUUGGAUGGAGGACAGGUAUGAAUGAAGAGGAAAUUGUACUAUUACACAUGAUGAAGGCAUGUGGAAAAAGGAGCUGUAAGGACUAAUUUCAAAGCAAAGGUUGUACAGCAACAAAACAAAAAACGAAAAUUACCCAAAAAGAAAAAGUAGGAUUCAUUUAAAAGAGUACACAAGUUUAAAAAGAAGCCAAGCCAAGCAAGAACACACACCAUGGGAAAAUAAAAAGCCAAAAGGUUUAAGCGUAAAGAGUCACUGUUUGUGAAGCAAAUAAAUUCUUCCAAGUUGCUUCUUCUUGAGAAGAAUGGACUGUAUGUAGAAGGGUGCUGUUUGGGUAGAAAGACCAGUUUAAACAGUUUUGAAAUUAUGUUUCUAUUUCUUUUCUCUAUUCUUUAUCAGAUCGUUUAAAAUAUAUAUUCUUUAUAAACAUUCCAACAGUA